AUGUUUUCAUUCAACGUAUGUGGAUGUCUUGCAAUAGAUGUAUUUUUUACACCAUCUACUCACAGGACUCGCACAGUUGGUAAACCUAGUGGUGAUCGUGAAAUGGCUGCAGUCGUGCUUACAUUUGUUCUUUUUGUAGUAGGUAUUUGUAUAGCAAUAAGUAAAAUAGGUAAACUAAGUUGUGAUGGACGUAACACUGAAGAGGUAGUAACAACACCGCGGCCGAGAGGAAGAUCGUUCGAUACACUGUAUCCUAAUUCACCACCUAUACAACCGCAAAGUUUGAUCAGAGACACACCACUAAGAAACUCAACAGUUCCAAUACAAUUGCAACCAUCACAAAAUAAUAAUUCUAAUGUUAAUAGAACAACAACUACAGUUCAACAACAAACUUCAAAUUUGCCACCAGCAUAUGACAGCGUGGUAGAAGAAAAUGGAGUAAUUAUUAUAAUGCAGCAACAGGCUUUAUUACCACCAGCCUACGACGCUUUUAUGCAACAAAACAAUGCAAGAGAGGGAACUGAUUUAUAG